AUGGAUUUUAUUUGGGAAAAUGUUAAUUCGGUAACUAUUAUAUUCGGUCUAUUCAUUAUUCUUACAAUUAUCCUUUUAAAACCGGUCAACUUUUAAUAUUAUUGGUUUUUAUUUAAUGGCAUUUGGAUUCAUUUAUAUUUAGAUGGCACAGUGGGAUAUUGGUAAAAAAAUGAAUGGUAAACCCAUAUUAUUAUUACUAAAGGCUUUUCCAAAAGUACAGCGAAUUAGAUUUGAGAUAUCCAUUAUAAGAGCCAACACUAAUGACUAUUUCAGCAAUCGAAUUCUUUAUUAUGGGUCCCCUUUGUGUUUGGAUUGCUUUAAGAAUAAAAUAUUAAAAUAAUGAGAUUUUAACAAAUUACUUGAUUGGUAUUACUUCAGCUAUCCAAAUUAUGGGAACGAUAUUCUUUGUUGCCAAUGAAUGGUCUAGAAACUUUAAAGAUGUUUGCCAAUAAGGUUGCUUCACUUAUACUCAUUCCAAUAUAUUUUAUUUUUGGAUAUUUUUUGUUGCUGCUAAUCCCGUAUGGAUCAUCGUUCCAUUCUAUUAAAUAAUUACAGCAUAUAAGAAUCUCUAAUAAAAGCUUGAGGCAAAAAGUAAAAAGGCAUGAUCUGAGAUGUAAUUAUUCAUUUUAAAAUAUCA